AUGUAACUUAAAUUUUGUUUAAAAAUUGAAAUAAUAAUUUUUAAUAUUUUAAUUAAUUGGUAAUUAAGGUUUAAGCGGGAGGAAUCAUGGCGAAUUGGGAUUUGAACGUGGAAGAUCCAAAUACCAAUUCAGAAAUACCAUUAAUCCCAUGUACAUGUGAACAACGUUGCUCAAAUGAAUUUUGUGAAGUUUGCGGUAAGAGCGGCCCAGAAUCUUCAGAAAAUUCGACAUUUUCAUGGAUUUCAAGAAACUGCCAUCCAGUAGUUUUGGCAAAUUUGUUAAUGGUGUUGUCAAUAUUUCUAUACUCAGCAAAUUCAGUGAUCGUAAAGGAGUUCAUAGUACUAGGAGGCACAGGCUCCUCAUUCCUAUUCCUGAGAUCAAUAAUAAGUAUCCCAUUUCUAAUUUUUUUAACUUAUGGACUAAAACUUAACCAGAAAAGACCAAUAAUAGUCUUAACUGAGGAUAAAAAGGUCAAUAAUACAAUGCUUGCCGGUUGUUUUUCAGGCGCAAUUCGACAGUCACUGUUACCGUUUAUUAUGGAAAAUUCAGAAGCUUCAACCAUCGGAAUACUCUCACCAUCAAUUCCAAUCUUCACAGCAAUAUUCUCGCAUUUGUUCAAAAUUGAAAAAAUACUUCCAGUUACAAUAUUUUGUUUGUUUUUGUCAUUUGUCGGAGUCUUCUUAGGACUUGAUUUAUACAAUAAAUUUGAUGACACCACGGAAGUCUCUUACCUCUUGUUACUAUUAAUCCCAAUCACUAAAUCAUUCCAAGUAGUAUUUUUAAAAAUGUCUAGUGAUAAAUUUGAUUCAAUUUCACUGUUGAGGAAUCAAGUCGCAGUAUCAAUAAUAGUGUGCCUUCCAGGCUCAAUUUUUAACUCAAUUUGGAAACUCAAAUCAGUAAAACUAGCAUUACACUCACUUAUACAUUACAAUUUUAAGCAAAUAUUGUGUUCACUGUAUUCUGUCGUUGCAAUAUUGUUAAUAGCUUGGAGAAUACAAAUUUACUGUCUUAAGGUGAUUGGAGCGAAUGCCGUGUCAAUAUUCCAAACACUUAGGCCAUUCUUUACAAUGAUACUAGGGUUCAUAAUAUUAGGAGAGCCAAUCACGCUGAAGAAGACUAUAGGCUCAGUUAUAGUCUGUGUAGCUCUGGUGGUGUAUCAGAAGUCGAGAGUCAGGGCCUCUGACCAACAGUAG